UUUCAUUCACAAUUGGAUUAAUUAUAAAAAUGUGAAACAAAAGGAACGAUUUCUUAAAUAUAAGCGCGUGUCACAUUUUGUUUGGAGUUUUGUUAAACUUUUUGGCAACGCAACACGAAGAAAAUGUUGUUCCUCGCACUACUGGUACUGCUUGGGUUGACGGAAAUCAGUUCCGAUUUGAUGAGGCAACCUCAACGGGUUGAAACCAAUUUUCGCAAUAUGCGCGUACGUCUCAACAAUGCCCCAAGGAACCAGAGUCCCCUACCAAACAUUAGAGAGGGCCGUGUUGAAAUAAGUACCGACUUCGGACGCACUUGGGGCACCGUAUGCGCCACACACUGGAGUUUUCGUGAAGCAAAUGUUGUGUGCCGCCAACUGAAUCUGGGCUAUGCGGAAGCUACAAAUCAAACCCAACAAUUCGGCAACAGCACCACCCAUCCAUGGGGUAUUGUGGGUACAUUGUGUCGGGGCAGGGAAAAUUUGCUACGCGAUUGUUAUCGUGAAUCGACAUAUCCGAAAAUGUGUAAUGCCACAAAUCCAAAUGUUGCCGUAGUGAAGUGCGUCCAACGCAUACCCGAUUUGCAAUUGGGAAUACCUGAAAUGCAGAGGAGCGCCUAUUUGGAUACCCAGCCGCUAUCGAAAUUAAAAUGUGCCAUGGAAGAGAAUUGUUUGUCGAGAGAUGCCUAUGAAAUUGUGCGCACACAGCCGGAAGCAUUGAGGAAACUGCUACGUUUCGAAACAAAGGCGGAAAAUGUAGGCGGAGCAGAUUUUAGUCCCUACGCCAACUUUGAUCAAUGGCAAUGGCAUCAGUGCCAUUUACAUUACCACAGCAUGGAAUCGUUUGCUAGUUUUGACAUUUACGAUUUCAGCUAUCGCAAAAUGGCCCAGGGACACAAGGCAUCGUUUUGUCUCAUGGACACAUCGUGCAGACCGGGCAUACGUCCAAAGUAUACCUGCGGCAAUAGGGAUCAAGGCAUCUCGGUUGGCUGUGCCGACACCUAUAAUGCCCAACUCGACUGUCAAUGGGUUGAUGUAACAAAUUUACCACCGAAUCGUACGUACAUCCUCCGAGUUGCUGUCAAUCCGGACUAUGCCAUCGGCGAAGAAUCGUUUGAAAACAAUGGCGCCGAAUGUUUGUUGGAUUAUACGGGUGAACGUAGCACUACCAGAUUAAGAAAUUGUACUCAAACUCCACUUUGGUAUGCAAAAUAA